UGUUGAAUUUAUACUGGGAAUCUUCAUGAGAAGCUGAAAGAAAGGGAAAAAGAGAGUGGCUUUCUGCUUUCAAAAAUGAGGAAAAUAAACCAGAAAAUUGCAAAAGUACUGUUUUAGCAGUGCAUGAUCACUUCCACAGAGACGUUUAGAUGGGACUGUUCCAAGACUCUCUCGAGGAUAUCGCAAACUUGUCCCUGACUAUAGCACAUGUUAAAACACAAAUUUAGAAGAAAAAAUAAAAACUAAAAGGUGUAUCAAGCACAGUAAUGUGUUUGUUGCAAAUUUGAUUUCCACAAAUAAAUCAUAGGUAAUAGUGACAUUUGCAUGCAGUUUGAGAAUCAAAAUUAUCUCAUUCCUAGCUUCAUUAGUUGAGGUAUUUUUUAAAAACUGUCUCAUCACAAAGUUAAGUGUCUUCAGUAGUAAUUGGCAACAUUGGCUAUGGCAAUUUUUCAGUGCUGGGAAGCAGUGAUCUGCAAUUUAUUUUUUCCCUUCUGAAACAUUAUUGUCUCUUUUCACUUGUUUUAAUUGUUGAGACUCAUCAGAAUCUCUUCUCACCACAUUAAUAUCCAACCAAUGCCAAAAUAUCCUUCCAGGAAGGAUAUUUGGAUUAUGGUGUCAUUCUUAUUGGAGUCACCCAAUCGGGAUGGCUUUUGCUUCCAUUACGAGUUGCCUCUGAGGUUGGAAAGGCAUAUGUUGGCAGCACUCACACAUCUUGAUUUUAUUGCUGAGUAGAAUAGCAAGGAAUGCUCACAGUCACAAAGGAGCAUGGUGGACAGGAUCUGUGGGUUUCAUAGAAAACUUGAAUGAAAAUCCUGGCUCUCUGGGAAAGGCAGCAGGAUUUGCAAUGUAGAUGAGGAUUUUGGUUCGUAUGUUACUGAUCAGCAUUUUGAACUGCCACUGAACCUUUCCUUGUUUGUAAAAUACAUGGGCAUAUAUGAUUUUGUGGUGGGUUAAUGUGAUAUUGAAGGCUGUCAUAUGUUAAGUACUCAAAACAUAAUUGGUGUUUAAUAAAUGGAUAUUGGUUUUUAAAGUCCACUGCCACAAAUCGUUCAAGCAUGACUAGAAUAAUAUCACCUUGCUUGACACUGGCUCUCUUGUCCUUCACAGAUUAUGGUCAUAUUUCUCAGAACUAUUACUACUCUAUGAUCUUAUCAUCAAUCAUAUAUUUCUUCCCUUUCUCCAGAACAUGCUUGAAAAAUGAAAAUACCUCCAUGUAUGGUUAUGAUCAAUGACUAUUACCAAAUUGUUGCUUAUAGAGGUUGGAUGCCUUUCUACUAUUUGUCUUCUCAGUCAGUUUUAAUGGCAGAUAUAGAAAUAUUCCAAAUAAAAACCCUUUUAUUGUUUGUUCAUCCUAAUUUUCAGAAUGCUAUGACCAUUAUAAAGUGCUUUAAAAACAAAAGAGAAGGAAACCCUCACCCACACUUACCUAAUUACAUAGCCAGAAACUGAGCACAGUUCUGUGACACUUUCUGUGGGACAGAAGAAGGACAGGAGGAUCAUUCAUGUCCAGGAGUUUAAACCAGGAGCAUAGUGAGACCCCAUCUAAAAUCACAAGAUAAAACAACAGCAAAUGUCUCAUGGAGCACAAAGAAGCUGUAAUACAACUGCACUGUAACUGUUUUGCAUCCCUUUUUCUGUUAAAGCAGGCAUGUAUAAACAUCACUUAUAAACUGUAAGAUUAUUUGUACAGUUUUCACUGAGAUAAAAAGCAAACUUUUAAAAAUAGGUGUUAUAAGUUCCAGUAUUGUAAGAUUUGGCUCUUUGGUAGUGGUGUUUCAUUUUGAUAGGGUCUUGCUGUGUAUUCCAGGCUGAUCUUCCUCCAGACCUGUGCCACCAUUCCCAUGCCAUGGUAGCCGUUAUCUGUACAUAUCACACUCCCUUUAUCACUAUUUUAUGUAUUAUUAUAGUUUUCUAAUAUAUUCUGUAAUUAAUAUUUCUAUAACAUUUUAUAAUGUAUAGGUAUCAGUUCCAAUGAUCUACUUGGAAAACUCACAGUCUUCAAGUUAUAAUUAUCUUUCAAGGUAAUAAUUGCCAACAUAAUUCAGGCCAUCAGCAAAUAUUUUGAUCCUUCAUAUAUACCAAAAUCUGGUUUUAAGGAGUCAAUGAAGGGCGGGAGAGCUGGCUCUGUCUGGUAAAGGCACUUGUUUCCAAGCUGAUAACCUGACUUCAAUUUCCUGGACCCACAAGUGGAAGGAGAAAGCCCUGACCUUUACACUCAUACUGUGGCAUGUGUGUGCCCACACACAUCACUCACAAAUAAAUACGUGCCAGCUGGGAGUGGUGGCACACGUCUUUAAUCCCAGCACUCCAGAGGCAGAGGCAGGUGGACCUCUGAGUUCAGGGCCAGCCUUGUCUACAGAGUGAGUUCCGGGACAGUCAAGGCUAUGCAGAGAAAGAUCUUAAAGACUCUGAGAACUCAAAUCUAUUCAGUAACAAUUCCUCUCUCACCAUUGGAACCCAUACUGUAUAAAUGGUCAUGUCAAGCCCAGAUUGCCAUAUGGCAAGAGUGUUGGGAAGCAUGAGUAUUUACAAACAAAAACAAAACCUAGAAAUGUAAUACAAUAAGCUUUUCCAAUUUGGUGCUAUCCCAUUUCUCCCAUAUCUGAUGAUAUUGAAGAAGGGCGAUUGCAGAAAAGUACAGGUGAGCAUGAAAGAGCUAGGAGUACUUAGCUUACUCUGCUCUCUAUGGUAGUCUAAACAAGUGGCCUAGGUGUCUACCUCAGGGGGAUCCCUUGCCUCGUGUGUGGGAUCAUAGGUUCAGUGCUCAGCAGCCUCCCACUUCAUGCCCUCCCCUCUGAGCAUGCUCUCUGGGCCCAGCAUUGUCAUUUUAUGUUGCUGGACUCACUCACACGCAACAGUUCAGUCUCACACCAGGAAUAAAGAGAAGGAAUGGUGUUAAGUUUUAAAGUUGUAUGCAUGAAAUGUUCAGCAGUUGGGUAGUGGUGAUGGCUGUACAGUUUCAUGUAACUGAAUUGAAUGCUCAAGCAUGAUUUUGUCAGACAUGGUGAGGAAGAGCUGUAACGCUAGCACACAGAGGCUGAGAGAGAGGGGAAGAAGCCAGUCUGAGCUACAUAUUGAGACCAGGGUUCAGCAAUCCCUCUUCAAAAGUCACAUGAUGUUAUGUCACAUGAAUUACAUCUAUACCCUAACCCAAGGCAAGUGUUCAACAAUGUUGGCUUCUAGAUCACCUUCUUUCUCUUCUUCCUUCCUUUCCUUCUUUCCUUCUUUCCUUUUCUCCUUCCUUCCUUCUUUCCUUCCUCCUUCCUUUCUUACUUUUGUUUGUUUGUAUGUAUGUGUGCGUGUGUGCACAUGUAUAUACAGAUGCAUGCACAAGUGUGUGCAAAUGGGCCUGGAGGCCGUAUACCAGCGUCUGACAUCUCCCCCGGCUGCUCUCUACGUCAGUUUUUGAGCUAGAACCUGGAGCUCGCCAACUUGCCAGUCAGUGAGCUCACCCACAGCUGCUCUGUGUUGUUUGCUUGCUUCCUCCUGAACUCAUCUCCUGAGGCUUGCCUGGCAAGCACGGUACCAGCUGAACAGUUUCUCCAGCCCCACUUCAUUUUCUUGAGACAAUGUCUCCCACACCCUAGGCUGGGCUUGAACUCACUGUGUAGCUGAAGAUUAUUAUGUCAGACUUCUGAACCUCGUGCCUCUACUUCCUGAGUGCUGAGACUACAGGUAUAAAUUAGCACAUGUCCAGUUUAUAUGAUGCUGGGAACUGAACUUAGAAUCCAGGACUUUCUUGCAUGCUAGGUGAGCACUCUGCCUUCUAAGAUGCAUCAUCCCCAGUUCUCCCAUCAUUUCUUCUGUGACUUAUAUCAAAAUACAUUACUCAUGUGGAAGUCAUACUUGUGCAAAUUUUGUCAAAAUUCAAGCUAAUUGAGGACUUGUUUAUUAAUUUUCUGGCAGAAUAUUUGGAGUUCACACACACACACACAGAAGUAAACACACACGUACACACUGCCUACACCGCCUAAUCCAGCAUCAAAUUUGUAUUGAGAUCCAGGAAACCCUCAAACAAUUGCUCAUAGCCUUCCAUGGAGUCUCUUUCUGCUUAACUCCAGAAGAUUCCAAAAGAAAGAAAGGAAACUUUCUGGAGGAUGAGUAUUCAGUAUUAUUUCUAAACCUUUGUAAUCUUCCUCCUUAACUUGAUCAAAUGUAUGCAAUAUUGGUUUUUUAUCUAAUUUUUGGUUUGUAAGUUUGAUUGAGGUCAAAUGGGUUGAAAUGUGAGCUAUAAAUGUGUCUAAUGAUGCCCCCAAAUAUACACUUGUGUAUCUGUUUUAGAGCACUUCACAUGUCAGUGAUCAAACCCACCAAAGCAUAUAACAACAUUAGAGAUCAAUAUUCUCUUCACACAGUGAGUACAUGGAUUGUUUUCAGUGUGGAAGAGUGCCAGUGGUAUAGUCAACGGGCGAAGCUUCUAGAGAACUGCAGCCCUCAUCUACCUUUAGAUGAGGAUACACUCUUUCUCUUGUUUAAUUAAGCGCUGCUGAUGCUAAUAUGGAUCAAGCCUUCAAAAACACAAGUAAUUAAUUAAAUUCAGUGAAUUUCCUGAAGCAGAGUAAAAGCUACCUGUUCUGUAGGAGAAGAUCCUGGGAAGAACGUGGAAUGCUUAAACAGUGUUUGGCUUAAGACAUGCAUAGUAUCAUAAAUGUAUAAUUUAGAGCUUAAUUAUCCAGCGGUGGUCAAUAUGGUUAAAUGUGGAAUGUUUAAUUGCCUCUGUGGGCUUAAUUAGGCAUAGUAAAUUUUUUAAAGCCAAAACGUAAGUCUAAUCAGUCAGUCAGUGGUUCAAGGCUUGCCUAGCAUGUGGAAGUCCCUGGAUUUGAUCCCCAGCACCACAAACCAAUCAAAAUCUAAACAAAAUAUAAUCCACAUAGAAAUGAUUCUUCUGGGCUGGAGAGAUGGCUCAGAGGUUAAGCACACUGCCUGCUUUUCCAGAAGUCUUGAGUUGAAUUCCCAGCAACCACAUGGUGGCUCAUGCUCCUCUAUAAUGAGCUCUGGCUCCCUCUUCUGGCCUGCAGGUAGAAUACUAUAUACGUAAAUAAGUAAAAAACAAAGCAAAACAAAACUAGGCACAUAUUUCUAAAUGACGUGCCUUUAUGAAAAAAGGGGGAAAAUGAUUCUUUUAACGAGUUCUGUAAAUCAUACUAAGUUUUUCCGUUCUUACCUGAAAAAGAGAAGGUGGUGGCUUUCAUUUUGUUUUUUACUUGUGUUGGGCUUUUCAUUACUCAUGGAUGUCAAAAGAUGUAAAUUUACUGCGGACAAAUGUUGUUCUGCCAGUGAAAAUAAGUAUCAGUAUCUGUGCUAUUUCUUUCUUGGCUUUUGGGAAUACCUAUCCUAUCACCUAAGGUGCUAAUGACAAAUAGCAGACAUGAAGAUGGUUUCUGUUUGUCUUCGAUAAAACAGAAUUUAUUUACCAUAAUGUUAAACUGCAGAAGGUCCUACAUUCUUCCAAGCCUGGAUGACACUUACCUGUCACUGUGGCUGCUGACGUGUAGCUAAGGAGCAGUAGCAGGUGGCUUCUCAUGAUGCUGCCCUGACUCAGUUACACUUUGCAUGUGCAGCUCUUAAAAGUUCGAAGCACAAGAGAAUUUUUGAGUCUUGUUUAUCCUUGAUUUCCCCCAUCUUCCAGUGUUUUUCUUAGGUACUUUUUAUUCCUGUUAUUGUUGAGAAAAACUACAUGACAAUAAUGUUUCUUUAUCAUCUGUAACUACUUUUUGUUUUUUAUUUUAUUUUUGAAGACAUGGUCUCACAUUAACACAAGCUGACCUGGAAAUCUGUACACUAGAACAGGAAGCUACAGUAGUUUGUGGGCCAAAUCUGGAUGAUUGGUGUAGUGUGUGUUUGUUUGCCCAUGACUGCUUCUGCACAGUGACUGUCAUUUCAGCAUGGAAUUGUGGUCUGUGCUGCUGAAAUGUUAACUCUCCUUUGCUAAAAUAUCACCUGAGGUAGCUGGAGUUUUGUUUUUAAUAUAUAAAGAAAUGCAGUGUUUUGCCACCUGUAGUUAUUUUGUUUUUUGUUUGAUAAUUUAAAUGUCUAAAUUUCCAUAAGAAAGAGGAAGUGAAUGUGAAAUGAAAGGAAGAAAGCAUCAUGGUUCAAUAUCCAGAACUCUCUCUCAAAUCUUCAUUUAUAGAUGAAAUUGAUAUCUAAGCACUUCAUCCGAGGCCAUUUAUCGUUGUAGAUCAAAAAAACUGUCUUCUGAAAAUCUGAGGAUGACAAUCAACUCUUUUUAAAAGAAACAUCCAAAAGACAGCGUGCAAAAGUUGAUGGUUUUGUUGCUAAUAAAUUUGUGCUGGCUCUGUGAGAGAAACACGUUCUCCUGACCCUUAAAUAUUUUUAAAAACUUGUGCCAAGAACUCACCAUAGCAGCAGGCAACACACCCAGAACUCUGAGUGAGGUUUACGGAGCCACUGCCUCUGCGUCACUUUUUCCCUGAAAACUGAGUUCAUUUUCUUCUCCUUGCCAGUUAGCAUGUGUCUGGUUUCUCCUCACCAUCCUUUAGAUGGCUUUACCAAAAUCGUCAGCCUCUGGAAAUAAACAGGAACCAGGCAUGGUUUUCCAUUUGCUGAAUUGCUUAGCAAUUUCAGAAACCAGCUAUCUGCAAGGCUCCUGAUACUGUCCUGUGAGGAAGCUCCCUCCCCACCCCCACCAUCACUAACACAAGAUCAACAAGUCAUCUGAAGUUGCUAAUGUUUUCACACACGGCAUUUUCAUUUUCAUAAGUCAUGCAAACGGCAAAGAGCUGUGUGGAAAGGGAGGAGUUUUCAAGCCUGAGUCUUCUGCGUUGAGACUUGCCCACUGGCUGCCUCAAGUAUACUCUUCCAUUGAAUGUUUGCAGUCACAGAGAGAGCUUCACUGUGUGACAUUCUGGACAAACAGCGGAGUAUUAACAAGUGUCUGUUUCUGUUACUGCUGUUUCCUAAAUGUAUUAGUAGGUGUGCAGUUUCACUGGAUAUUCCUUUUUUUUUCCAAUUGUCUUUGUACCUAUGGUUGAAAACGGUAGUUGGUCUUUGACCUUUGAGGAGAGGGAGAACCGACGAUUACAGGAGGCCAGCAUGAGGUUGGAACAGGAAAAUGAUGACCUUGCCCAUGAACUAGUGACAAGCAAAAUUGCUCUGCGGAAUGACUUGGAUCAGGCCGAAGAUAAGGCUGAUGUGCUGAAUAAGGAGCUCCUCUUUACCAAGCAGAGGCUGGUGGAGACGGAGGAAGAAAAGAGGAAGCAAGAGGAGGAGACUGCCCAGCUAAAAGAAGUCUUCAGGAAACAGCUCGAAAAGGCAGAAUAUGAGAUAAAGAAGACAACAGCUAUCAUUGCUGAGUAUAAACAGAUAUGUUCUCAGCUAAGUACCAGACUGGAAAGACAGCAAGCAGCCAGCAAGGAGGAGCUGGAGGCAGUGAAGGGUAAGAUGAUGGCAUGCAAACACUGCAGUGAUAUCUUCAGCAAGGAAGGAGCUUUAAAGCCCGUGGCCAUAAGUAGAGAGGACCAGGGACUCGAAGCAGACGAUGAAAAGGACUCACUUAAGAAGCAGCUGAGGGAGAUGGAGCUGGAACUGGCACAAACUAAACUGCAGUUGGUGGAAGCCAAGUGCAAAAUUCAGGAACUUGAGCAUCAGAGAGGAGCGCUUAUGAAUGAAAUACAAGCUGCAAAAAACUCUUGGUUUAGUAAAACCCUGAACUCUAUCAAAACAGCCACAGGCACUCAGCCACUACAGCCGCCACAGGCUCCCCAGCCACCCAAGGAGAGCUCAUAGUUCCAGCCUCAGCCAAGCACAAGAGCACAAUGAUCAAGACUUCAGAAACCAAGAGUUUUUCCUGUUGUCCCUUUGAAGAAACUAAAGGAGACCAGAAAGCAAGUUAGACUCUUUUCAGUAGCUCUGUCCUUCAUGUAUGACAUUUUUCAAAGGGAUGUUAUUUAAACUGACCUGACUUAUGUUGAAUAUCUAUUUCCCAGCUUCUUCAUGGAAAACCACAUUCAGAUCCAUCAUAGUAUUACACAUUGUUUUAUAUGCCUGAAAUUUAGUUGGAAAUGAGUAAUCUAGAACUAAAUGCUUUUGUUUAGAAUUAACUGUUCAUAAUAAUUUUUAUCUUACAUAAAAAUGAAGACCUGUUAUCCCAAAGUUAAAAUGGUAAGAUUAUUGAUGCAGAAUUCUGUUUUUAAAGUGAAGCUAAACCUCUUUAAUGUUCCAGGAUUAUUCAUAUAAAGCACACUGACAGGUUUCACACUGAAAGUGACCCAGAGUAGUGCUACUCCUGUCCAAGAAAAGAACAGACCAGGGGUUUGCUUGAAAGCUUCCCUCCAACUAUUUUGAGUUGGCUACAUUUGGCAAUGAAGGGCCAAGAGCUGUGGAGUAGGCGGGCUCCUGCACUCUAGGUAAACAGAGACUUUAAAUAAAUGUGCAAAAAAAAUAUAUAUAUGUGUGUAUAUCAUCUGGCUCUGGAAUUCCAGUAGAUCCUAGAAGGACUCCACAGGGGCUUGUUCCCCCGGUCACAGAGGUGACUGUGGCAUAUGUAACCACGAAGAUGGAUAUUGUAAGUUGCAAACUUAGGGUCCCUUCUCUGGAGAAGUCUAAAAUAGACCAUGUUCAAGCAUUGUACUUCGAAUAAAACCGUGAUCAGGCACUGGGUAAGGACAGACUUGUUAAGGCCAACACCAAUGUCCUAUACUUUAUUAGAGAUGUGAUGUUCCAAGGAACUGGAGGCACUCUUCCAAGUGAGCACCUUAGUGUUGGGCGACUUUCUUAACUUUUCCUUAACUCCCAAACGGUGGGUCACACCUGGGAAUAAAGAGACACAAGUGCAUCUUUCAUAUUUUGGAUUGACUAAACCUUUAUAGAAAUUCUUAACUCAUGGAUUGGUAAGGUUGCUGUUAAAAAAUAGUGCCAAUUUUUUUCAUUUAUAUUUGACAUGCCUGGAUAAAUAGCCCUUGCAAGAAAUUUUUUGGAAAGAACAAAACUAAUUUUACCAUUUUCUAAGCUACUAUGGAAGUCUCUGGUCCCUUUAUAGCAACCAAACUACUGUCGGUUAUGUACAGUAACAUUUGUUUAUAUUCAUCUUUAGCUUCACUGUUAUUCAUACUGUUUCCAAAGUAUCUUAAAAAAUGUAGUACCACCAUGGUUCUCCUCUGUGCCAUAUAUUGUAAUAACACACUCUGAGAGAGACCUCUCAACCCCUGCAUUCCAGCUGCUCAUGAUAGGUCCUUCCUCUCAAAUCACUUCUGAGUUCUAGUAAGUGGAAAUUCUUUAAUCUCUAAAUAUCUGUAUCAUCUACAGGCCAUAAAACUAAUGUUGUUUGAUAUGUUACACUUACCAUACACUGCUUUCCAUAUAGAAAAUUGUUUUUCUCUGACAGCUUUCAUCAGAAGAUUCAUUUCUUCUUAUCAAAAGGGCAAUAACCAGCACUCCUGAUAUCUCUGUUGACUUUAACAUUCCCUGCAUAGUGGUUUAGAUAAGCUUUUUUUCCCUAUAAAAUAUAAUGGCUAGAUCAUUAUAUCAUUUCUGUCAAUCAUUUAGUGCAGCUACUUAACUUUAUUGGUACUGUGCGCUUUGAGACAAGGGAGCCUGGACACAUCACUUUUUCAAAUAGCCAGCUAAAUUAAGGUGCACUUUUGUGGACUCCUAAAUACCAUCCACAACUCUUUGUAACUUCUGAAAAUAAAUACAUUCCGCAAAAUACCUAAGUUGCAAGUUUUUCAUUAGUGAUAAAUGAGAGAAACAGAUCACCAGGAACAUAUGCUUUAAGAGUUAAAUAUAUCUUUAGAGUUUUCAUCUAACUCUUCCAAAAGAUGUAAUAGCAAUACAUAAUCUUUUUUGUUCUCCAGUACCAUAGGAUACUGGGACAUGUAUAUUGGUAUCAUAUCUAAGCUGCCCAGAAUUACACCUUCUUUGAGUUAAUAACAGAAGUAAAGAAAAUUCAAGAAGCAGUGAUUGCUUGUUCACUAUUUUACCACAGCAGUGUCUGACCACAUGUUCCUCACCAUUGCUUGAGAACUCCAGAAUGCCAACAUGAAGCAACUAACUCAUCUCACUUUCACUUACUAUUUUAUAUAUUUGAAAAUUGAAACUUUUUUUUUCUUGAGACAGGUUCUACUAUGUAGUCUAGGCUAGCCUUGAACUUAGAACCUGCCUACCCAGCCUUCCAAGUGCUAAGAUUACAGACAGGCACUACAACAGCUAAAAAGAUUCUUUUGAAUCCCUUGUAGAAGAGAUAAACCAGCCAAGUGUCCCAAGAUAUUUUCAAACAUGGUAGUUUCUUUCAUGCUUCCCUAAGAGUUACAUGAUAGUAAACACUCCUGAAAUGCUUACAUUUGCAGUGUCUGAGAGGUCAUCAUUCCUCUUUUCAUUGAGUUCUGUAGAAUACAAUGAAGAUUCAACCCAUUGGCUUUUGUAACCUGGAGGUCUCUUUUAGUAUAUUCCUGAAAGCUGAAAGACACUAAGCUGGAUUUGGAGUGCAUGUUUAGCAUACAUCCUGAGCCAAGUCACAGUUUGAUUUUUUUUUAAUACUUGUAAUUAAUGCAAAACAAUUCUUGGUUCACUACACUUCCGUGUGAGUGCCUAUCAGAAACAGUAAUGGGAAAGCCACAUAGGCCACAACCUAGGCCUAUCUUUCCAUACAGUAUCUGUCUUCUCCUCACAGACUAUUAAAUAGUUUCUUCUUCUUGGUCUUCUUGAAUUUACCUGGUAAAGUUGAGAAGACCCCUUUGUACUGAUGAUAAAAGUUUAGUAUUUGUUUUAUUUCAUAUGUUUUGAAAAUGUUCAUUUUUUUCCUACAAUGUAUAUUUAUUUGUCCUCAACCCCUGCUUUAGCUAUUGAAUUGGGUAAUUAGUGGUUUUAACUAAAGUGAGAAAACUGAAACAAUAUACAGGUAAGAGGGCACAGCAGAUAAAAGAGCUUUAGAGUAGUCACCUAGGUCAAGUAUCGGUGUUGGUCACAGUGAUACCCACCCACAGCCCCAACACCCAGGAGGCUGAGGAAUAGGCAUGCUUGUGAGUGAGCUCAAGGCCAGCUUGGGCUACCCAGCGAGUUCCAAGCUCACUAGGAUUACAUAGCAAAGCCCUAUUAAAAAAAAAAAAGAAACAAAAAAAUCCAAUGUAUGGCUAAUAUCAGACUAAGCACUAUUGUGCUCUCACUGAAAUCAUCUUUGCUAAUGAACUCACCAGCCCUGUGCAUCAAACACAAAGGUGGUUGCUUGUACAUUAGGACUCCUUUAAUGGACAGAGAGAUCAUUUUUAAACGACCUAGUUUUAUCUUCUAAGAAAGACACUUAGAAAGAUGAUUGUAUUACAUAACUUAUUCUUUAUAAUACUCUACAAUAGAAUAUUCUCUUGCUUUAAUAUCUAGCAAAUGAGAUAAUGAACAAUUCUGUUGUAUGAUUUGAAUAGUUAGGGAUGAGUGUGCAUGCGUGGAUUGUGUGUGUGUGAGUGUGUGUGUGUGUGUUAACAUUUUAUAGAGUAUAUGAUUCUUUUGUUUACCUAGAUAACAUGCAACCAAAUACACAUUAGAUUUUGAGACACAAUGUUCAAAACUGGAAGCCCAGACAGCAUCUCUGUGGCCUGAUUCUAGUGACUGUGCAUAAAACUCUGUCUAGUCUUUGUGCUUGGGGUCACAUUCAACACAUUCUUCUUUUCUCAUGGUGGCUUAUAUGUAAUACAUGCAAGGCACUUUACAUUACCCAUUUCCUUACCUUUAAAGCUCUGCAAACAUGAGGACUUACAUAUAGACUAUACCUCAACAGGUGAGGCUGAUCUUGAAUUAUAAGAAAAAAAAGUAGAUGCUUAUAGAAUUUUAGUGAUUAUAGUCAGCUGUCAUGUGUAUCAUUCUCAAUUUCCUCUUAAAAAACAAAGCAAACUGAACUACAGCUUAAACUUACCUCCGACAAAACCUAUCACCUGCUAUUGAACUAUCUCCAUCAAUAUGUCCCCUCAUUGUGCCCUCAUCUCUAGUUUAACAUCAUUAACAGUAUUUGAAAAACAUUUAAGAAAAAUCAAUGAAUCAUUGAGAAAAAAAUGAACAUUACUUUUUACUGACAAUUGAUUAACACAAGACUCCUUCUACUAACCCACAACUUUGAAUAACUAUAUUAUAUAUGGAAAAUAAUCAAAGAAACUGAUUUGUGAGUAUAAAUGCAUCAAAAGACUAUUGUCAUAAAAGCACAAGAAUAAAGAUGGAGAUGAUCCCAGAAUCCAAGAUGUCCCAAUUGCCUUCUGCAUUGGUUUUACUAUUCUUUGCAUUUUUGCAUAAUGCAUGGAUUCUUUGUUCAAAUUAGGGAAUGGGUUUUUGUCAGUCCCAUUUCUUUCUUUUCAAGUCCUGCCUUUCCCUUAACUGAGAAGGUAAUACAAAUCCUAUGCUAUUUUUAUGAAAUAUGAUUUUCCCUAGCAUCUACAAUAAAAACAUGUUAGAAUAAAGAAGUUGUCUAGUCUGGAAAGUGCUAAUUGGCCAUAACAUCAACAUUAGCCGUCACCUCUUUCUCUAUAAACACUGACCAAUUACUUGUUUCCAUAAUGCCAUGUAUUAUGUAUAGUAUACUUUAUUAAUGUAAAUGUGAUGCUUGUUAAGAAAGUGCAAUUUAUUGUACAUUGUCCGAACAAAUGUUUACUUUUAUAAUCGUUAUGAACUUGUAUUGGAUUGGUAUCUUGUUUAGAUGUGUGAAUGAAACCUUGUGAAUAAACAAAUGUGACCAAGAAGGUAACAAGGUGGCUGUUUUGUGAGCCAGUGACAUUUUCAAUGCUUUGUGUUGCCCCUUUGGUCCCAUUAAACAGUAAUAAAUAUUUGUUUUAAAGUG